GAGGCGGGGUAUUCCGCGGGCUCCUUCCCGGAAGCGGAAGCCCGGGAGGCGGGCCAAAGGCGGUCUGGAGUCUUCGGCGGUUAAUUCCUUUUGUCGUGUGGUUCUGCUUCCUUCGGCCUGGUCUUCGCUGAAGCUGCAAGAGAUGGUUCGGUCCGGAUCUCGGCCGGGCCAGAUGUUAUCUUCAGGAAAGCACACCGGACCUGCUAAAUUAACACAUGGAAAGAAGCAGAUCCAUUUAAGAAAGAUAUCACGUUGUAAUGCAGAUUCUGGCUAUCCCAUCCAUUCUGACUCAGAAAGUCAGACUGAAGCCGUACAAGGGCUUGAUGGCUGUGCUUCUUUGCUGCGGAACAUUUUGAGAAAUGAAGAUUCAGGUUCAGAAAUAGUAUAUUCAGAAAAUAGAUAUAAUCCCAGACUCUUAGAAGGCAAAAGACAUGGAUCUAAAAAGAAAGGACAUGAAAGUCAUACUGUUCCUUCAUUAGUCCGGAAAGAAAUUUUAUCUUCAGAUUAUAAGAAACUGAUACCCAAUGAAACUUCUGCCGGACAUGAAAGAGACUCAUCAGCAAUACCGCAAAAUUGGUCUUUUCAAGAUCAUUACAGAAUGUAUUCACCCAUAAUCUAUCAAGCUCUCUGUGAGCAUGUGCAGACUCAAAUGUCACAGAUGAACAACUUGGCUUCAAAGACGAACCCUAAUGGAAUUCCUGCUGUACUUUGCCACACUGUUUCUGGUUCUGAAUCUCAGACCACUCCACAUUCUAGUUAUAGCUUAUCUACUUCCACUCCAGUCCAGUUACCUCAGCCGUCACCCUUCCCUUCAAUGGUUCAUUCUGAAGUUCAGACUGAUGACCAAUUUGUAUCACAAUAUAACACAACUUCUGUGAACUGUACUGAUAUUCUAAGGAAUUCCUUCAGUUCUAGUCUUGGAGUUCAGUGUAGCCUGCCUCAAACUGACAAACCAGCUAUUCCAGCUUUUGAGCAGCUGGAUCUUGCUAAUGAAAUUCUGCCACAACAAGAAGUUCCUAAGGAAUCAGACAUUAGUGUUGACUCAGCCAAUGGAACGCCACUAUUAAAGUGUCUCCAAACAUAUAUGAAUCUGUUACAUUCUCAACCUAACCAUCAGACAAACCGAAGCCCCACUCUAUUACUGCCAACUUCCUUGCCCACUAAUGAAGAAAAUUGUGUCAAAGAACAAAUAAGAGAGGCCACAACUGAGGAAAAGGAUUCAAAUAUGCAUGUACAAGAUUCAAGAAUAAAGGGUGUCCAGAAAGCAAAAAAUGGGAACGAGAGUGAUGAAAAAAUUAGAACUAUAAUGUAUUUGUUGGGAGAGCUGAAGGCCCUAGUAGCAGAACAAGAGGAUUCAGAAAUUCAGAGAUUGAUUACAGAAUUGGAGGCAUGUGUAUCUCUACUUCCAGCAACAAGUGGAAACAAAAAUAGUCAAGUUGAAAUAGCACUGGCCAUGCAACCACUAAGAAGUGAAAAUGCUCAGUUACGCAGGCAAUUGAGAAUUUUGAACCAGCAACUUAGAGAACAAGGAAAAAGUAAAAAGACAUAUGGUUCUCAGGAAUGCAACCUUGAAUUGUUUUCCCUUCAAUCAUUGAAUAAGUCACUUCAAAAUCAAUUACAGGAAUCACUAAAGAGCCAGGAAUUACUACAGAGUAAAAAUGAAGAGCUUUUAAAAGUGAUUGAAAAUCAGAAAGAUGAGAACAAAAGAUUUGCUGGUAUAUUUAAAGAAAAAGAUGAAACUAUACUUGAAAAUAAACAGCAAUUUGACAUUGAGACAACCAGAAUAAAAAUUGAAUUGGAGGAAGCCUUAGCCGAUGUGAAAAGCUGCCGGUUUAAGUUAGAGGCUGUUGAGAAGGAAAAUCAGAUACUGGGAAUCACAUUACGUCAGCGUGAUGCCGAGGUGACCCGACUGAGAGACUUAACUAGAACUUUACAGAGCAAUAUGGCAAAGCUUCUCUCAGAUCUUAGUAUGGACACUGCUCGCUGCAAGUCUGGGACUAAUCUUACCAAGUCACUUCUGAACAUUUAUGACAAACAACCUCAGCAUGACCCAGUCUCUGCUCAGACUUCCAUAAUGAGCUACUUAAAUAAGUUACAAACAGAUCACACUUUCAUACCUUCAGAGCCACUUUCUGCAAUUCCCAAUGAGGAACUCAUAGAGCCAGGUAGGCCCUAUGAAAACGCCCUGCCUUCCAGAAGCCCUCAACACGGUCACACCAGGAGAAGAGAGGAAGUAUCAGCCCCUGGAAUCAUUUCCACCCUUCCAAAACAGGAUUCUGAGGAGAGCGAAAUUCCGAGCCUAAUAGAAGGUGAGUGUCAUCUGGAUAAUACAAUUUAUAUUCCCUUGGCUAGAAGUUCUUCUAGAAGGAAAUCACCACCGUCUACAUCAUCCCCCCAGCCUCCGAUCAGUGUGGCUCCACGACAGCCGCUCAGCAGCAGUGGGUCUGUCUCAGAGAAAGAAAGUAAGCCGUGCGCACCGGGCGUCUGUCCUUCCAAAAGGGAGGCAGACAGCGCCCCUGAGAAGCUUUCCAGAGCAGCUGAAAUGGAGGACAAGCAGCUCCUCAAGAAAAUAAAGGAAGCCAUCGGCAAGAUCCCCGCUGCCCCCGCGGAGCCGCAGGAGCGGGCUGCGUGCCACGUUCAAGUGAAAAGCAGCGCGGUCUCCGAUGGCAGCUUUUUCAAUUCUGACUUGACGUCCGACUGGAGCUUCUCUUCUUUCUCAACAUUCACCUCUCAUGAUGAACAAGACUUCCGAAACGGCCUCGCAGCCCUGGACGCCAACAUUGCUAGACUCCAGGAGUCCUUAAGGUCUGGCCUUCUAGAGAAAUGAACUCGGAAGAAAACAGAUUGAAUAUCAAUGUAACGUGGUUACGUUGAAUGUAUAUUUUAAAUUUCUUUAUAGAGAAAAUGAUGUUUUAUAUUAAUUAUGUGGGGAAAAUAAAUUGAAUAAUACAUUUAUUACUGGAAUAUAUUGGUACUGUAGGGCUUAUAAAAACAAGUCAUCUUAAAUUGUCAACUGCUAAGAGAAGAAAGGGAGCUGUAGAUAAUUAGAGAAAUAUAAAUAAUAUUUUAUUUUAGUACUUAGCAAUUAGAGUUCUUUUAUUGCCCUGCUGGGCAAAGGUUUGCAGGUUGGAAGGAUUCUCUAAAGAAUAAUUGGAAGGGAAUCUCUGGGUUCAAUUUACUAUAUUCAAACUAGAGUUUCUCUUUUAGGAGUCCUUUUUUUUUUAAGGCAUUGUGGUUUUUAUAUGUGAUGCUCUUUGCUAGAGGCUAGUGUUUUUAGUGAGCUAUAUAAACAUUUAAGACAAUAUUCCACUUCUUAAAAAACAUUAAGUGGUCCAAUAAAAUAUAGGUAACAUCCUAGGUGAGCAUAUGGGUUUUUUAAAUUUUGGCACUUUUUUUUUAUCCUGAUUACAUGUUUAAGAUCUUUAAAAAAUAAAGUCAGACUGAUCGAUGUUAACAAAUAAGUUUUAGCUUGGGCAAACUGUUUUUUAAUAAAUGGUAUUUAUUUGCUUUUUGUCCUUAUUAUAUUUGAACAUGAUGGUGUUUGUAAAUCUGGCACUGGUUGUAACUGCCUUUCUGGACCAAUUAUCUUCAGUACUUGAGCUGAUGUGAACUAGGUUGGACUCUGCUUCUCUAUACUAACACCCCUAACUACUCAGUAUCUCUUCCCUCCAUGUAAGCAGCACAUUUUUUUCUCUUAGAAGAUGGAUGUUUUGCAUCACUAAUACUCCAUACAGGUCACCUGCAUGGUCUCAUGUGUUUAGUACUUAAAUAGGCUUUAGCAUUACAGAGCGUUCUGGUCCCAGAAACUCUUUCUGCUGGUUUUUAAGUGUUGGUGCUACAACUUCUGAAGUACCCAGAUAUAGUCUGAUUUUAUAGAUAGAAAUUUAUUAAGUCUAAAAAUAUUAGAUGAAUUCUAGGCUAUUUUCACAGAAUUAUCUGUUAAUACUUUUAAUUUUUCUUCCAGUAUUCAUAAAUAAAUAUGUUAGUAUAUUUGGAGGUAAGAAGUCACAUAAGUUCUUUGAGUUCAGAAGUAUAGUUCAGAAAUACAAAAUAAUAAAGCAAGGAAGAAAAUUGUCAUCUGUCUACUCCAAAAUAUUAAGCUGUUAUUCAUAUGCAGAAGUAAUGUCGUAAGAUUAUUAUAUGAUAAUACAAAAAGGUCAUUCUAUUUAGCCCAUAAUAUAGGAUGUGAGAAAAUUU